AUGAGGUACCUACGAGACAAGCCAGCUAGAUCUCUCUACCCCGAUGAACCGUCAUUACAGAGAUUCGAAAGGCUGUGUUGGUAUUGCGGUCAUCACUUGAAGGCAGAAAUAAAGGCUGCUCGGGAUUCCCUUCGUCUCAAUAUACCAUGGCGCAAAUGCAAUGUCCGGAAGACAGCCAAGUACAAAUACAAUCUGGACAUGGACGAUCUCUAUGCCUACGAGUUCGGGUUCGUUGGAGAAAGCUUCCGGUGUCCACGGGACUGCGCAGGGAAUGGCUACAUUCCCCCUGGUGAAGAGGACGCUGACACGGAUUCGGACGAUAAUGACCAUGGUGCAGUGGAGGACACCGAGGACGAAACCACGCCAAUGCAUUACAGCACUGGUUCCCAGCACUCUCGGAGAUCUACAAGCUCUGAUGCUGACUCGACCUCGGACCCCACGGAUGACGACACAUCAAACUUCUGCGGUUCGGACUACCUUGACUGGGCGAGCCUAGAUAGGCGAAGAAAUCUCUCUUCGUCGUCCUCGGAAGAGAUCCAGGUAGAGCGCCGUUUUACAGAGACGCCACCGUGGGACUCACUCAGUCUGGCCUCGAGUUCUUCGGGCGACUCGCAGUCGGUUUUCAGCAGUGACAGCACCGUCAGCAGAUGUACCACCUGCGGAGAGGGUGCUUCUGCCGACGAGGACGACUCCCGGGUAUGUCCACGACGAUGUCUCGACCUCGAGAACAUGGAGGAUUGGAGCAUUGACGGAAGUGGCAAUCUAUGGUCGAAUGAGAUCCUGAGAUGUGCCAAUGUUACUUUGAUCGGGCAAGCUGGGCCGCAGAGGCGAUGA